CCUCCUGUGCACGAUCGCUUGCUCCACGCAGCGCCUGUGUUAACGUCGGUGUUUGCAGUCAGUAAACCUGGACCAUGGCACUAACUAAUGAUGAAAACUACAAGAAACUGGAACAGUGGUACAAAGAGAACGCGGGCGGCCUCAACAUGAGGGCGAUGUUUGACGCCGAUAAGGACAGAUUCAGCACAUUCAGCACAACGCUGCAGACAGAUGAUGGAGACAUCCUGCUGGACUAUUCCAAGAAUCUCAUCAACCAGGAAGUCAUGGAUAUGCUGCUUGCCAUGGCCACGUCGAGGGGUGUGGAGGAUGCCAGAACAAAGAUGUUCUCUGGAGAGAAAAUCAACUUCACAGAGGGCCGUGCUGUGCUGCACAUCGCCCUGCGCAACCGUUCCAACAAAGCCAUCCAUGUCGGCGGGAAAGACGUCAUGCCGGAGGUCAAUCGAGUGCUGGAAAAGAUGAAAGGCUUCUGUCACAGAGUGCGCAGUGGUGAGUGGAAGGGUUUCAGUGGGAAAACGAUCACUGAUGUCGUCAACAUUGGCAUUGGAGGCUCUGACCUGGUGAUGGUCACAGAGGCUCUGAAGCCUUACUCAGUCGGUGGACCUAAAGUUUGGUUUGUUUCCAACAUCGAUGCUCACAUGGCCAAGACCCUGGCCCAGCUCAGUGCAGAGACCACCUCUUCAAUCAUUGCAUCCAAGAUGUUUGGCAGUUCCACAUUGCCUUCAUCCAAGGGUUACAGUUUGGUUGUGCUCGACCUCACCACCCAGGAAACGAUCACCAACGCCGAGUCCGCCAAGGCCUGGUUCCUGCAGACUGCUAAGGAUCAAUCUGCUGUUGCCAAGCACUUUGUGGCGCUAUCCACCAAUUCAGUAAGUUAAAUGGAUUUCGGCAUUGACACGGAAAACAUGUUCGAGUUCUGGGAUUGGGUUGGAGGCCGUUACUCACUCUGGUCAGCCAUUGGUCUGUCCAUUGCCCUGCACAUAGGCUUUGAUAACUUUGAGCAGCUUCUUGGAGGUGCACACUGGAUGGACAAUCAUUUCUGCAGUGCUCCUCUACAAAAUAAUGUGCCCAUCCUGCUGGCACUGCUGGGCAUCUGGUACAUCAACUUCUUCCAGGCUGAGACUCAUGCCAUGCUGCCCUACGACCAGUACAUGCAUCGUUUUGCCGCCUACUUCCAACAGGGAGACAUGGAGUCCAACGGGAAGUACAUCACCAAAGAUGGCAGCCGUGUGAACUACCACACCGGUCCAAUUGUGUGGGGUGAGCCUGGAACCAAUGGUCAGCAUGCGUUUUAUCAGCUCAUCCAUCAAGGCACUCGAAUGAUUCCUGCUGAUUUCCUCGUUCCUGCUCAGUCACAGCAUCCAAUCAGGGACAACCUUCACCACAAGAUCAUGUUAUCCUGGUGGGCUAACUUUCUGGCCCAAACGGAAGCCCUGAUGAAGGGCAAAACUCCAGAAGAGGCUCGUAAAGAGCUGGAAGCCAGCGGCCUGGAAGGAGACGCUUUGGAGAAGCUGCUCCCUCAUAAAGUUUUCGAAGGAAAUAAGCCAAGCAACUCCAUAGUCUUCAAGAAGUUGACCCCGUUCAUUUUGGGAGCUCUGAUUGCCAUGUAUGAGCACAAGAUAUUUGUGCAGGGCGUCAUUUGGAACAUCAACAGCUACGAUCAGUGGGGCGUGGAGCUGGGAAAGCAGCUGGCCAAGAAGAUUGAGCCAGAGCUGAAGGACGACUCUGAGGUCACCUCCCACGACUCCUCCACCAACGGCCUUAUCAACUUCCUGAAGAAGAACUUUGCCUAGAACCUGUUGUGACCUUUGACUUGUCUGUGCUCGAGUCGUCCUCGUGUUGUCCCGUCACUGGCUAAAUUACUCUGCACUUGUGUUCCUCUGAGCACUUCGUCGUCUCCUGUCUUCAGUGUUGAUGUCAUUGUUCAUGUAGCGGUAAUUAAAGGGAAUUAUCAUGUG